UAGCCUAGUAUCGUCGUCUUUUACACAGUACAGGUCGAAUAUGUACUCUCUGUGAAAGUGGGCGAGGGGUUUUUGGUUUGUGCGUCGCAGCGCCAGAUGUGACGACUGACCAGACUGGAAGAAAGCGUUCUCUUUUCGCUGGCUCCUGCGCCAACUGUUUAUGGCAUGGAAAGGCUGCAGAGUGCUCAUUUUACCUUGGGCGAAAUGGUGGUUAGAAAUCAAUCAGACCUGGAUUUGUACUAUCCCUGUUCCUCUUUUUAUUUUUAUUUCAUUCUUUUCUAACUGGUGGAGGUUCUUCCUUAAGCAAGGCAGACUUCGUACACUUGAUGAUGAUAGCUUGGUGGUCAAAGACUGGCCUCUUGAGGAGUCCGAUCCCAUCCCAACAUCAACUUUGAAGGCCCCUUGUUCCGCAAAAGUUACCCCCGUCAAGCAGAAGGUUCCUGAAGUCGUCAUUUCUGGUGAUUCGUCGAUUCGGAGUACCCGGUCUGGGAAAAUUUUCAAUCCUCCUACGUUUGCGUCGAAGAAGGGGACUCCGUCGAGUGUUCGCCUGGAGAAGCCAUCGUCCCUCUCUAAUGAUCCAGUCCUUUGGGUCCUUUGGCCUUAUCGACAUCGAAGGAAGGAGGGGGAUGAGAGGCACGCGAAUCCGGAAUCGUCUGGAAAUGCCAAAAAAAAAAAAAACCACCGAGUUACUUUCACGGAUCUUGGAUUCUCCAGCAUCACCAAAAUCUUCCGGGCUGGAAUAUCCACGCAGCACUGCUCAAAGCUUGUCAUGUGAAGAUCCACUAGCUCAUGAUUCCUUAGCCACAACCAUGGCAGGACCAGGCCUCAAUGAUUAAUGGUCCACAUGGGCCAACCUCAUCUUCACAGAAGGUCAAAAGGAGCAGCUAUCCCCAAUGCUACAGGUCUGGCGGAAUGAUCUGUGAGGUGUGCUGCUGGGUCAUCUGGGUAGUGCUAGAAAACAGCUUACCGUCUUUCAAAGCAGGCAAUCAGGAGAUUCUCAUCUAGCCUUCUUUCGAAUCUCUUUGCCAAAUUGGGGUCUACUCGAUCAAAGUGGAAUGCCUCGGCUCCAGCAACGCGAGGCGGG